ACAUCACUAUCGCGGAAGCACCUGAGUCGCUGUUGUCAUAGAUGUUUUUGUGGUUGUUGUCAGAUUUUCAAUGAUGAAAUGAUGAAAUGUGAUGCAAAUGAAUAAUGUGCCUUUCCGUUUGACUCAGCAGCAUGCUCGGUUAUGUGUGUGUCGCGCUUCUGUCGGUGGCAGUGCCGUUUCUUCCCUGGGAGUGGCUCUUUGAAUCUGGGAAUGACUCAAACAAGGGGCCCCCCAUGCGGCUCCUGAACAGGCGUGAAUUAUCUCUGUACGACGGAGAGGAAGGCAGCAAGGGCCUCUACCUCGGCAUACUGGGACAGGUUUUUGAUGUGCAUAAGGGACACAAGCACUAUGGACCUGGUGGUGCCUACCGCUGUAUGGCAGGCAAAGAUGCCUCACUGGCCUACAUCACCGGGGACUUCACAGAAAGAGGCCUGACAGAUGAUUUGUCCAGCCUGUCUCCUCUGCAGGUGGUGGCCCUUUAUGACUGGCUGGCCUUCUACCAGAGGGAAUACCAAGCUGUAGGUCUGUUGAUAGGCCGGUUCUACAGCGAGACGGGGAAGCCCACAGACGCCCUGAUGCAGGCAGAAAAGUCUCUAGCGAAGGGCCACAGACUGAAGGCCCAGUCCGAGUCUGAGAAGGUUCGAUUCCCGACCUGUAACUCAGAGUGGAGCUCGGCCAGUGGAGGCAGAGUCUGGUGCUCCACGAAGAGUGGUGGAGUGGACAGAAGCUGGACAGGUGUACCACGGAAACUCUUCUCUGCAGGCCUCACUGGCGUUCGUUGUGUGUGUGUUGAAGACCCGUCUGCAGCAGAGGACGAUCCCAACCUGCAGAAGUAUGACGGCUGCCCUCCACACGCUGACUCAUGCUCUGUUAAAGACCAGUAGUGUCUGGGCCCAGCUCAGACAAAUGAACCUAAAAGGGGCUGUUUUUUUUUGUUUGUUUGUUU